CAGUGAGCCCCUAUGCCAUGGAUUCUGAACUGGCUUAUAAUAUCUGGCAUGGAUUCCUUUUAGCAGAGCAGUCCUCCAAUCUGAUAGAGCAUGGUUGCUUGAUCCCAUCAUGGUCAUGCCAACUAGUGGCUCCUGCUGGGCACUUUGAAUUGCUGUCUUUUUACAACAUGGAUACCAGGUUGCUAAAAUCUUGCUUUGGGACUUACAGUGAGUUCAUUUUAUUGGAUUUUAUGACAGAUUUACUAAUGGUUCCUUUUUGCCAGUUAAUGUUCUGAAAGUUACUGUCACAAUGAGUUCAGGCCUGUGGAGCCAAGAGAAAGUUACUUCACCCUACUGGGAAGAACGGAUUUUUUAUCUGCUUCUUCAAGAAUGCAGUGUAACAGACAAACAAACACAGAAGCUCCUGAAAGUACCCAAAGGGAGUAUAGGACAGUACAUCCAAGACCGUGCUGUGGGGCAUUCAAGAGUUCCUUCUGCAAAAGGCAAGAGAAAUCAGAUUGGAUUAAAAAUCUUAGAGCAACCACAUGCAGUUCUGUUUGUUGAUGAAAAGGAUGUUGUAGAAAUAAAUGAAAAAUUCACAGAGUUACUGUUGGCAAUUACCAACUGUGAGGAGAGGCUCAGCCUAUUUAGGAACAGAAUCCGACUAAGUAAAGGCCUCCAGGUAGACGUGGGCAGUCCUGUGAAAGUACAGCUGCGAUCUGGGGAAGAGAAAUUUCCAGGAGUUGUACGCUUCAGAGGACCUUUAUUAGCGGAGAGGACGGUGUCGGGAAUUUUCUUUGGAGUAGAAUUACUGGAAGAAGGUCGUGGUCAAGGUUUCACAGAUGGGGUAUAUCAAGGGAAACAGCUUUUCCAGUGUGAUGAAGACUGUGGCGUGUUUGUUGCAUUGGACAAACUGGAACUUAUAGAAGAUGAUGACAAUGGAUUGGAAAGUGAUUUUGCAUGCCCAGGAGAUACAAUGCAGGUUGAACCUCCGCCUUUGGAAAUAAACUCCAGAGUUUCUUUGAAGGUUGGAGAAAGUAUAGAAUCUGGAACAGUCAUAUUCUGUGAUGUUUUACCAGGAAAAGAGAGUCUAGGAUAUUUUGUUGGUGUGGACAUGGAUAACCCUAUUGGCAACUGGGAUGGAAGGUUUGAUGGAGUACAACUUUGUAGUUUUGCAAGUGUUGAAAGUACAAUUCUCCUGCACAUCAAUGACAUCAUCCCAGAUAGCGUGACACAGGAAAGGAGGCCUCCCAAACUUGCUUUCAUGUCAAGAGGUGUAGGUGACAAAGGUUCAUCUAGUCAUAAUAAACCAAAGGUUACAGGAUCUACCUCAGACCCUGGAAGUAGAAACAGAUCUGAAUUAUUUUAUACCUUAAAUGGGUCAUCUGUUGACUCACAACAACCCAAGUCCAAAAAUCCAUGGUACAUUGAUGAAGUUGCAGAAGACCCUGCAAAGUCACUUACAGAGAUGUCUUCAGACUUCGGACAUUCAUCACCUCCACCGCAACCUCCUUCCAUGAACUCCUUGUCUAGCGAGAACAGAUUUCACUCCUUACCCUUCAGCCUGACAAAGAUGCCUAAUACUAAUGGCAGCAUGGCUCAUAGUCCACUCUCUCUGUCAGUGCAGUCUGUGAUGGGGGAGCUGAACAGUACACCUGUCCAGGAGAGUCCACCCUUGCCCAACUCUUCUGGGAAUGCACACGGGCUAGAGGUGGGAUCACUGGCUGAAGUAAAAGAGAACCCCCCGUUCUAUGGGGUUAUCCGUUGGAUUGGCCAGCCACCAGGGCUCAGUGACGUGCUAGCUGGACUGGAACUGGAAGAUGAAUGCGCAGGCUGUACAGAUGGAACUUUCAGGGGCACACGCUAUUUCACGUGUGCCCUGAAGAAGGCACUGUUUGUGAAACUGAAGAGCUGCAGACCCGACUCUAGGUUUGCAUCCUUGCAGCCUGUUUCCAAUCAAAUUGAAAGGUGUAACUCUUUAGCAUUUGGGGGCUACUUAAGUGAAGUAGUAGAAGAAAAUACUCCACCUAAAAUGGAAAAGGAAGGUUUAGAGAUAAUGAUUGGGAAGAAGAAAGGCAUCCAGGGCCAUUACAAUUCUUGUUACUUAGACUCAACUUUAUUCUGCUUAUUUGCUUUUAGUUCUGCCCUGGACACUGUGUUACUUAGACCCAAGGAGAAGAAUGAUGUGGAGUAUUACAGUGAGACCCAAGAGCUACUAAGGACAGAGAUAGUCAAUCCUCUGAGAAUAUAUGGAUAUGUGUGUGCCACAAAGAUUAUGAAACUGAGGAAAAUACUUGAAAAAGUUGAGGCUGCAUCAGGAUUCACUUCUGAAGAAAAAGAUCCUGAAGAAUUUCUAAAUAUCCUGUUUCAUGAUAUUUUAAGGGUUGAACCAUUGUUAAAAAUAAGAGAUCCUGCGUCUUUGGAUCAUCAGAACUGGCCCUUUCAUGUGUCCCAUUUGCAGAUGACAUGGAUUUUGAGAUCAGCAGGUCAGAAAGUUCAAGACUGUAACUUCUAUCAAAUUUUUAUGGAAAAAAAUGAGAAGGUUGGAGUCCCCACAAUUCAGCAGUUAUUAGAAUGGUCUUUUAUCAACAGCAACCUGAAAUUUGCAGAGGCACCCUCAUGCUUGAUUAUCCAGAUGCCUCGGUUUGGAAAAGACUUUAAACUAUUUAAAAAAAUUUUUCCUUCCCUGGAAUUAAACAUAACAGAUUUACUUGAAGACACUCCCAGGCAGUGCCGCAUCUGUGGAGGCCUUGCCAUGUAUGAGUGUAGAGAGUGCUAUGACGACCCGGACAUCUCAGCUGGGAAGAUCAAGCAGUUCUGUAAGACCUGCAGCACUCAGGUUCACCUUCAUCCCAGGAGGUUGAAUCAUACUUAUCAUCCAGUAUCACUUCCCAAAGACUUGCCUGACUGGGACUGGAGACAUGGCUGCAUCCCCUGUCAGAAGAUGGAGUUGUUUGCUGUUCUCUGCAUAGAAACAAGCCACUAUGUUGCUUUUGUGAAGUAUGGGAAGGACGACUCUGCCUGGCUCUUCUUUGACAGCAUGGCGGAUCGAGAUGGUGGUCAGAAUGGCUUCAACAUUCCGCAAGUGACACCCUGCCCAGAAGUGGGAGAGUACUUGAAGAUGUCUCUGGAGGACCUGCACUCUUUGGACUCCAGGAGGAUCCAAGGCUGUGCGCGCAGACUUCUUUGCGAUGCGUACAUGUGCAUGUACCAGAGUCCGACUAUGAGCUUGUACAAAUGACCGGGCCGUCCGCAGUGGCAGAGAGCAAGCGAGCGCAGACCUAGUGCUGCGUCGUCCUCCGGCUGGCGGUUCUGUCCGGCGCCCAUUGCCGGCAAUGGGUGUCUCCCGUGUUGAUGGCCCUUCAGCAAAGGAUUCCCGUGUUUCCAAACCAAUUGCUUUUGUGUUUCUGAAGUAUUUAAUAAGAAGCAUUUUGCACUCUAGGAAGUAUGUUUGUGUUGAUUUUUUAAGAAGUCUAAAUGAAGUUAUUAAUAUCUGAAACUUUAAGUUAAUUGCAUUGAUGAUAUGAUAUUUUUGGAAGCAUACAAUUUUAAUUGUGACGUCUAAAACCUCUUUAAGUCCACUGAAGAUGUAAAUAAAUAUUUCUUCUUAUGGACCAAGGAUAUGAAAUCAUUUUUCUUUUGUAGCUAAUGAUUGCCUUGAGAAAGACAUAAUAUGGUUUUAUUAAGAGUCUACCUUUACUCCAAUUGUUGAAGGUGUGCUGAGUUUGUUAAUUUUCCUAUAUAGUGCUGAUUUCCUGCAUGUCUGUACUUUGCUGAGUUUCUGUGUUCCUGCAGCAGUGGUCAGAACAUGCUAAAAUUCUUUUCAUGGUGUUAUUUUUAUUUGUUCUGGUUUUGAGAUAAAUGAGUGACUCUGUCAUAAAAUGUUCAUUUUUGAUGUGUUCUUGAAGGAUUAGGGCACAAAGCAAGCAUCUUAGUCAUAGUAACAACUGUUACUGAAUGGAGCUCCUAAAUAUGGGGCGAGAUACAGUAGUUUCUGAAAUUACUGAGUGAUAAGUAAAUUAUAUAUUCUUAUACAGAUCCACAGCCCAGAGAACUUAUAGCUGGCUCAGAGACAGUACCAACAUUUCCCUGGAAAAACGUGUUAGGUAUUUAAGACUCUCAUCUCAAAUAAAUUAUUUUAUUUUUAGUUUAA